AUGUCCUCUCACGGCUCAGAGAACUACGACUCGACAGCACGACGACAUCGCCAUGCUAACAGCAGUGGCGAGAACAAAAAGAAAAGGACACCGACUGACGAUAGACGGCGUCGGAAGAAGACGCAGGCACUCUCGGCGGACGCCUUGGCUCAGCUAAACGAGAGAAACGCGGGCAGCGGUAAUGAUACAGCACAAGAAGGAGAGCGCGAACAUAGGCCGAGACCGAGGCGGGAAGAACCCAGGACAAAGCGACAUCGGAAGGAGAGGAGCGAGCCCAGACGGGACGAGGCGCUUAGAGGCGAGCCACGGCCAAGACACGAGUCAAGAACAAGGCGAGAGUCAAGACCACGAUACGAGUCGAGAACACGAUACGAAGCGGUAGCACAAGACGAAUCACGAACACGGGACGAUGAUCGCAGAACGGACGAUGAGCGGAGAACAGACGACGAGCGGAGACGGGGCAACAGACGGAAACGAGAUGACAGACGCAGACGGGACGACGAACAGAGGGACGAUAGGAGGGACGAGCUGUUAGGGGAACUGGAAGGUGAAAGACGGCCGAGAAAGACACGGCGACGCUAUAACGACAACACGAAUAACGAGCACGAUGACGAAUACAGAGAAAGCGAUGGUUAUGCGAGGGUCGAGACGGGCGGACACGGCGACAGGAAGCACCAGAGGCGGCGAGACCGUCGGAUACCCAGCGGUGCCAUCCUGGAGGAGGGACGAUCGCGGGCUGUUCAAAGGGGGCAUCUGCGCGGUGGAGCGGUCGGAAGCAAAAGCAGCACAGAGACAGUUGAGAAGGUGAAGGCGGAAAAGUUGUAUUAUACCCAGAGCACGACAACUGACGAGGAGGCGAAGAAGAAGAAGAAGAAGAAGUUUUUGAUUUUUGGGGGGAUCGGGGCGCUGAUCGUCAUCGUUGUGGUGGUGGUAGCAGUGGUGGCCAGCAAGAAGAAGAACAGUGGCACAAGCUCAGGCUCGAGCUCACCGGCAACAGGACUGGGCAGCAUCUCACCGAGCAGCAUCCCGGCAGACGCACCGUCUUAUCUGAACCCGUACAAGUGGGCGGACACGACAGACUUCAACUUGACAUAUACAAAUGAGACGGUGGGGGGGCUGCCGGUGAUGGGGCUGAACACGAGCUACGACGAUUCGGCAUCGGCCAACGACGAUACGGCACCGCUGGACAAGGCAUGGGGAUCGUACGGGACGACGCCGGCACGGGGAGUCAACCUAGGGGGAUGGCUGUCGCUGGAACCGUUCAUCACGCCGUCGCUGUUCAACAAGUACCAGUCGAGCCUGGGGAUCAUCGACGAAUGGACGCUGUGCUCGUAUUUGGGGGCAACGAACUGCGCCAGCACGCUGGAGGCGCACUACGCGACGUUUGUGACGGAGGCGACGUUUGCAGAGAUCGCAGCAGCCGGGCUGGACCACGUGCGCAUCCCGUUUUCGUACUGGGCAGUGGCCGUGUAUGACGACGACCCAUACCUGUUUCGAACGAGCUGGCGAUACCUGCUGCGGGGAAUCGAGUGGGCACGGCGACACGGACUGCGGGUGAACCUGGACUUGCACGGGCUUCCGGGCAGCCAGAACGGAUGGAACCACAGCGGACGAGAGGGGACGAUCGGCUGGAUGAACGGCACGAACGGGGCGCUGAACGCACAGCGAUCGCUGGACGUGCACGAUCGGCUGUCGCAGUUCUUUGCGCAGCCGCGAUAUGCCAACGUGAUCUCGCACUACGGGUUGGCAAACGAGCCGCGGAUGACGUUCCUGUCGGUGUCAGAGGUGAUGAGCUGGACGCAGACGGCAGCGGCGAAGGUGCGGCGCAACGGGCUGUCCAACUCGACCAUCAUCGUCUUUGGCGACGGGUUCUGUGGGCUCAGCCGAUGGCAAGGCCAGCCGAACGACUACAACAUGGCGCUGGACGUGCACCAGUACGAGAUCUUCAAUAACGACCAGAUCGUGUAUACGCACGAGGCCAAGAUCAAGUAUGCCUGCACCGACUGGACGCAGCAGACGGACCAGAGCAUGGACACGAGCACCGGCUACGGACCGACCAUUGUGGCCGAGUGGUCGCAGGCCGACACGGAUUGCGCGACGUAUCUGGGCAAUGUCGGCAACGGCAAUCGCUGGACGGGCACGUACAAUGUCGGCAACGCCAGCCUCAACGCGCUGACGCCCAAGUGCCCGGCGCAGAACGCGACGUGCGAGUGUACGGACGCGAACGCCGACGUCGGCAGCUACAGCGCCGCGUACAAGCAGUUCCUGCUGACCUUUGCUGAGGCCCAGAUGUACUCGUUCGAGCAGGGCUGGGGCUGGUGGUACUGGACCUGGGAUACCGAGUCGGCGCCGCAGUGGUCGUACAAGCAGGGACUGGCAGCUGGCAUCCUGCCAGCCAAGGCGUCGCAGCGGUCUUUCCAGUGUGAUCUGAGCAACAUUCCUAGCUUCUCGGGUCUGUCGGAGCUGUAUUAG